CAUUGCAUGGAACGAAAAGAACUCUGAACAAAAACAUUCGGCACUUCUAUUCUUCCAAGCAAAUUGCGGUGUGAGAAAUGAUGGACAUUUCGAGUGGGUUUUAACAAUGUGCGCAAACUCAAAACUGCUUCUCACGAGUUUGCUUCCCUAUCCUCAUAUCCUCUUAUCCUCUGGAAAUAGACUCAGACAUUGAAUACAGAACUCUGCUCCAGAGCGCGUGAUGAACUGACCGCUAUAUAUUAGAGUGGCUGCUUAUCACUCCUAACAAGAUAUUCAUGCUUGGUCUACAAGGGAUUGCUCUAGUCACCGGCGCUGCUCGAGGUAUUGGACGAGCUACUGCCCUUGCAUUCGCGCGCGCCGGGGUAUCUGGUGUACACCUCACCGACGUGCGUAGCAUGCUUCUCGAGGAUACAGCCAAGGACGCUGUGAACACUGCCACGAAUCCGAACUUCAGAGUCUUCACGUCCGUGGUAGACGUCACCGAAGAAGACCAAGUGCUCCAGAUGGUCAAUGACACUAUCAAGACCUUUGGAAGGAUCGACUACGCCGCAAAUAUCGCUGGGGUCGUGGACAUCUCAUCGGUGACCACUGAUGUAACAAUGUCAGAGUACGAUCGUGUUAACAAUAUCAAUGCCCGUGGUGUCUUCGUGUGCAUGAGGGAGGAACUCCGGGCGAUGCUCAAGCAAGGACCUGUUGCUCACAUCCCUGGGCGCCCCGCCAUCCGAGGGACGAUCACGAAUCUCGGGAGCGGAGCAGGACAGCUGGCUGUUCCUGGGAUGAACAGCUACGUUGUGUCGAAGCAUGCCGUUGUUGGAAUGACGAAGGCUGCUGCUUUGAAUCAUGCUAUGGAUGCUGUUCGGGUGAAUGCCAUCUGUCCUGGAUUUGUUGAUACGGAGAUGUUGAAGAAUGUAGGGGACAUUGUUUAUAGUGAUAAGAUUCGUGAAGCCAUUCCGAUGAAGCGAGUGGCUUACCCAGAGGAGAUUGCUGACCAUGUCCUGUUUUCGGCAAGUCAGUUAUCUAGUUAUAUGACUGGUCAUUCAUGGACAGUGGAUGGAGGAUAUGGCAUUGCCUAACUGAAUACAUACUGCGUUCACCAAGGUGGUACAUCCACAGAACGAUUGGGAACCAGUACAUGAGUUUGAGGAGGACCUAAUGAUGAAAAUAUUUUCG